AUGCCUGUCACGCCGCUCUUAAACUUCCCAACAGACCCCCACUUUGACCCUCAGCCCGCCGUGACCCCUCGGACCCACUCGCACACCCUGCGGCCCCCGCUGGACUUCUCUCUGGGCGCUCUGGCGUGUUGCGGCGCGUGCGUGUUCACCAAUCCUCUGGAGGUGGUGAAGACCCGACUGCAGCUGCAGGGCGAGCUUCAGGCCCGAGGCUCGUACCAGCGGCACUAUCGUGGGGUGCUGCAGGCGCUGUGGGUGGUGGGCCGUACGGAUGGGAUGCGGGGUCUGCAGAAGGGCCUGACGGCGGCGCUGUUGUACCAGGGGCUCAUGAAUGGAGUUCGACUGGGGUUUUAUUCCUACACGGAGGCGUCGGGACUUACGGGCGUACCGGGCGGCAGUCUGAUCGCGGGGGCGACGGCGGGUGCACUGGGGGCGUUCAUUGCCUCCCCCGCUUAUCUGGUGAAGACUCAUCUUCAGGCUCAGACAGUGAAGUCUAUCGCUGUGGGACACCAACACAACCAUCAGGGCGUGUCCAGUGCUUUAGUGUCCAUCUAUCAGCGUGAAGGUGUGCUGGGUCUGUGGAGGGGCGUCAACGGGGCGGUGCCCAGGGUCAUGGUGGGGUCAGCUGCUCAACUGGCCACAUUCAGCUCAGCUAAAGACGGGGUGAAACGUGCACAGUGGUUCAGUGCACACAGUUGGCUCAUCGCUCUCACCGCCGCUAUGAUCAGUGGUGUUGUCGUGGCGAUCACAAUGACACCCUUUGAUGUCAUCAGCACUCGACUCUACAACCAACCAGUGGACGACUUCAAAAGGGGUCGAUUGUACGGUGGGUUUCUGGACUGUGUGAUGAAGGUGACGGCCUCUGAGGGGAUUGUGGCUCUGUAUAAAGGAAUGACGCCUGUGUUUGUGCGUCUGGCUCCUCACACCGUUCUCAGUAUGCUGCUGUGGGACGUCAUGAGACAACGAGCGCUGAACUACACAAACUAA